AUGCCAUUUAAAGACAGCUUCCCAGAUCCAGAAUCGGCGUCAGCAAUGGAACUGUGUUUCAGCCCUGGAGCCCCGGUUCCUCACGCAACGUCGAUCCCCGUGGUUGCAAAUCCUCGCUUAGCGGAGAUGAAAGACCCUACCGAAGACUGGACCGGCGUCACAAGCACGGCUGAGAGGCGGAAAUUGCAGAACCGCCUCAACCAGAGAGCUCGACGGCGAAGGGCUCAGAAGCUUGGCAAACAUUCUCCUUCGGACCCGAGUCCGGAGCCAGAUUCGGAAUCAGACCCAGCAUCAACUGUUCUUGUAAAGGCGGAAACGCCGCCUAACAAACAGGCCAUAAUGGUCUCCGGUACAGGGAGCAAGGGGAGGCCAGAUGUUUGCCUCCUGGGCAAGCCCUAUGCCCAGGACCAUCUCAUACAGUUUUCCGAGGGGGCCUACAAGGACUACCUCAGUGGCAAUCCCCGCACCAACUACCUCACGACCCUCGUCCGCGUAAACGUCUUCCACGCCUUUGUCCAGAACGCCCGGGUCCUGAACUUCGACAAAAGCUGGCUCACGUACGAAGCAAUAUCCCCAUUCCACAUGGUGGGUCCGGGUCUCGGUCCCGCGGCCGUACACCCCUCGUGCCCCGAAAGCAUGCGUCCCACCCAGCUGCAGCUCGCCGUCGAGCACCACCCGUGGAUCGACUUGUUCCCCCACCCGGCCAUGCGGGACAACUUCCUCCGGGUCGUUGCCGAGCACGGCGAGGACUACGUCGACGAGGAUGAUAUGUGCCGGGAUAUCGUGGACGUGGGGGCAGGGGCUGGGGUCGAGGAAUCGGCUCUGAUCGUCUGGGGCGAGCCCUGGGACCCGCGCGGCUGGGAAGCCACUGAGCCGUUUCUGAGAAAAUGGGGCUGGCUGCUGGCCGGCUGCCCGGAGAUGCUGGAGGGGACGAACUACUGGAGACAGAAGAGAGGACUGCCGAAGCUUAGGUUCAGCGGAUCGACCGCGCACAUGCAUCGCCCUUCAACCGACUGA